AUGGCCGCCCCGCUGGCUCAACCUAUUGAGCCUUCUGCGACUCCGACUGUCGCAACGGCGAAACCGAUUCACAGCCUCGUUCUUGAUACCGGUCCGCUGAUCAAGAACGAUCCUCCUGCCAGUGUUCUUAUUGCCAAGGCUGAAAAGCUCUAUACCCUUCCCAACAUCAUCAGCGAGAUCCGCGACGUUGCGACCAGAUCAAGAGUCGAGACGACGCUGCUGCCAUUCGUCACUCUGCGGUCUCCCAGGCCUGAGAGCUUAAAGUUCAUUGCCGACUUUGCGAAAAAAACUGGUGAUUAUGGAGUGCUCAGCAGACCGGAUAUGGAGGUGCUUGCGCUGGGAUACGAGCUGGAAUGCGAGAGAAACGGAGGUGACUGGAGGCUGAGGAACACACCGAACCAGAAAGGAUUGAACGGCAGGCCGCAACAGGAUAAACCAGCGGGCGAAGCGCAGGGGGAACAAGCCCAAGAAGAAAAAGUUGACCAGAACGCAGACGCUGAAGAGGUUUCAGAAAGCGCAGAGCAACAAACAGAUGCACAGUCUGAGCAGCAUGCCGAGACUAGCCUCAACAAUGACUUGCAGAAUCUCACUCUGGAAACCUCUGACAACAAUGAAGAGCAACCUACAACAGUCGAGGUAUCAGAGUCUGCUGAACAAACUCAAGACUCUGCCCUAGCUGUACAGCAGCCCGAAGAGGCCUCAGAAGAGUCUGACGAUGAGGGCUGGAUCACCCCAUCCAACCUCAAGAAGCAGCAAGCCAUAGACUCUGGCGCAAACGGCACCAAUGACAAAGCUCCUCCCAAGAUUCUCCAGGCUGCCAUCCUGACCUCCGAUUAUGCCAUGCAAAACGUCGCACUGCGCGUCAACCUCAACCUCGUCACGCCCUCCUUCUCCCGCAUCACAUAUCUCAAGACGUGGGUUCUGCGGUGCCACGGCUGCUUCAACAUCACAAAGGACAUGAACAAGCAGUUCUGCCCCAAGUGCGGCCAACCCACCCUCACGAGGACAAGCUGCUCGACGGACCAGCAUGGCAACUUCAAGAUUCACCUCAAGCAGAACUUCCAGUGGAAUAACCGCGGAAACGUGUUUAGCGUGCCCAAGCCAGUCCACGGAAGUGCUAAUGGAAGACUUCCCAAGAAUGUUGGUGGCAAGAAUGGCUGGGGCAGGGACUUGAUCUUGGCUGAGGAUCAGAAGGAACACGUCAAGGCGCUGGAUGACCAGCGGAGGCAGAGGAAGAAGGAUUUGAUGGACGAGGAUUUCUUGCCCGGACUUUUGACGGGUAACAGGUCGGGAGCGGGCGGCAAGAUCAAGGUUGGUGCAGGACGAGCUGUGAACUCUAGGCGGAAGCGGUAG